AUGUUUUCCUCGACUGCAAGAGCAUUGGUACUGGCACUGCUUGCCCUUGAGGCGAGUGCUGCUCAGAAAGGCACACCUACGGUCUCCUUCAACUCCACCGCAGGAAGCACGUACCUCCCUAACAAGGACUAUUCCAAUGAGCAAUUGGCAAUGCUCUGGUACCAGGUCGGGCCAGUCUCCACGCACCCGGUAGUGACCGCCACGGUGGAGCCUACCGCGGAGCCUUCCUCCUACGCAGGUCCAGGCGAAUUCCAUCCUCUGGUUGCGAGCAACUACGGAGAACAGCUCGCAGAGGCGAAGUUACCAGCCGACUUUGCGUGGGGCCUCAGUUCCUCGGCCUAUCAGCUCGAGGGUGCUGCUCGCGACGAAGGCCGUGGUCCAUCGAUUUGGGAUUUGCUCUCCCACCGCAACCCGAAUCAGGUGGCCGACAAUUCGACCGGAGACGUGCUCGCUCAGCACUACUACCUCUACAAGCAAGACUUUGCCCGGCUGAAAAGCUUCGGUGCUCCCUACUACUCCCCGAGUAUCUCCUGGCCUAGGAUCUUCCCGUUCGGGAAGGGACCCGUGAACGAGGCUGGCUUGAAGCACUACGAUGAUGUUAUUGCGGAGCUGGUAAAGAAUGGGAUUCAGCCGGCGUUGAGUUUGUUCCAUUGGGACACUCCGCUUGCUUUGUUCAACCAAUAUGGUGGAUGGACCAAUCCUCAGAUCAUUGACGAUUACCUGAACUAUGCGAAGUUCAUCAUCACGCGGUACGACAAAUACGUGCCUAUCUGGUUCUCCAUCAACGAGCCUCAAUACUGCAACUGGCAAUACUCUUACUAUCCUGCCGGCAAGCUCUACCCCGAUUACGGCGUCGGGCCAGGUAUGGAAGCCCGCUUCCUGUGCGGACACCACACUCUGCUCGCCCAUGCCAAGCUCUCCAAGUGGUAUCACAACGAAUUCAAAGGCCGCGGUCGUAUCACCUUCAAGAACAGUGGCAACUACUUCCAGCCCAUGACCAACUCGACUGCCGACCUUGCAGCAGCCCAGCGCAGCUAUGAUUUCGUCCUUGGCUGGUUCGGUGGAGUGUGGAGCGACGGAGACUACCCGCAGUCCCUCAAAGACACCCUGGGUGACCUCCUCCCUAAGUUUACCGAGAAGGAGAAGGAGAUUGUCAAAGGCUCGUGCGACUUCUUCGCCAUCGACGCAUACACCGCCUUCUACGUCGGCGAGCUGUCGGGUGGCGUGGAGGCAUGUGCCGGAAACAAGACUCACCCCAGCUUCCCCGAGUGCGUCAACCAGACUGCGAUCGGACCCGACGGCUUUGGAAUCGGCCCGGCUGCGGACCUUGGCGCAAGCUGGCUCAAGAACACUCCCGUUGGAGUCCGCAAGUUCCUCAGCCACAUCACUAAGGUGCUGUUCCCCGCCGUCAAGGAUAUCCAGGUCACCGAGUUCGGUUUUGCCGAACCCUUCGAGAGUGAUUACACCAAUGUCCAGGACGCCACAUGGGAUCUAAGGCGGUCGGAUUACAUCCAGGGCUUCUUAGAUAACAUUCUUCUCGCCAUCACGGAAGAUAAAGUCAACGUGACUGGAGCUUACGUGUGGUCUAUCUUCGACAACUUCGAGUGGGGCUCCGGAAUUAAGACACGCUUUGGUCUGCAGUACCUCAAUUACGAUACCUUGGAGCGAACCCCUAAGGCCAGUUGGUUCCAAACCCGGAACUGGUUCAAGUAA